AUGAGCUUCACAAGGACCUAUGAGGCAGGACAGACUAAUAGGAGCAAGCUGGAAUCUAUGAUUGGCCAAGUUCUAAAACGCCAGCAGAAAAUGAGUGUAGUUCUCGAUGAAAGAUUCGAUUCCGUAUAUUCUAAUUUACAUGAUAAGUUUGAAACUUUGAGUGACCAUGUCAAGAAAUUGGAUGGACAAGUUACGCAUAACGCUGGGUUUGUCAAAAGGGAUGAAGGAUUCCUUCCUGGAAAAACUGACACCAACCCGAGUCGCCAAGUUUGCACUGUGUUACUAAGAAGCGGAAAACGCCUUUCCCCGAGACCUGUAGAAAUUACUUCUGCAGGAAAACCCCCUGAAACUGAAAAGGAAACGGUUAACCUCGAUGAAGAAGAGGAGGAGUCGGAAGAAGAUGUGGAAAUCAAUCGACAAGAAGGGAAUAAUGUCGAUCGAUCGACUACGGAAUGGGAUCCUGAAAAAACACCAAAGAUUGAGUUAAAGCAACUACCCGCUGGACUCAAAUAUGCUUUUCUCUAUAAAAAUUCAUACCCCGUAAUCGUAAACUCCAACCUGACAAAUGGAGAACUUGCGUUGUUAUUAAAUAAACUGCGCAAAUAUGGGAAAGCCCUCGGAUACUCUCUCGAGGAUAUUCCUGGCAUCUCACCAGAUCUGUGCAUGCAUCAGAUCCACCUAGAGGACGAUUCCAAAUCGUCAGUGGAACAUCAAAGAAGGCUAAACCUGAACUUGAAAGAAGUUGUUAAGAAGGAAAUUAUCAAACUUCUUGAUGAUGGAAUCAUCUACCCAAUUUCGGAUAGAAUCGUCCUAGGACAUAAAGUGUCCGCUGCUGGUAUAGAAGUAGAUCGAGCAAAAAUUGAAGUAUUGAUCGGUCUGCCGGCACCCACAAACGUAAAAGACGUGAUAACUCCUAACUGGAAUCUUCCUUUCGAAAUCAUGUGCUAUGCGAGCGAUUUCGCUGUAGGAGCAGUUCUGGGCCAAAGGAAAGACAAAAAGCUACAUACAGUUUAUUAUGCCAGUCGAACUCUCGACGAAGCACAAAGAAAUUACACAACAACAGAAAAAGAACUGCUCGCCGUGGUUUAUGCAUUCGAAAAAUUCCGCCAAUACCUGGUCGGUUCGCGAGUCAUCGUCCAUACUGACCACACUGCAAUUAAAUAUCUGAUGCAAAAGAAAGAUGCGAAACCACGCCUCAUGCGAUGGAUCCUUAUACUUCAAGAAUUCGACAUUGAGAUUAAAGAUAAAAGAGGAGUUGAAAACGGAGUUGCAGGUCAUAUUUCCCGGAUAAGAAUAGAAAACGACGUCCCUAUCGAUGACUUCUUACCAACUGAAAACGUUUAUCAAACGGAUUCAUUCAUCGGGAAUAAUAGACCUUGGUACGCUGAUAUAGUAAACUAUCUAGCUGCUGACGUAGAACCCGAAGAGCUAAGAGGUUAUACAAGGAAGAAGUUUUUAAGAGAAGUUAGGAGAUAUCACUGGGACGAGCCAUAUCUCUAUCGCGAUGCUCAUGCAUUCAUAGCACAAUGCGACAGAUGCCAACGAAGGGGAAAAAUCCGUAAAAGACAUGAAAUGGAACAUAAGUCUAUUCUAGAGGUUGAAGUCUUUGAUUGUUGGGGAAUAGAUUUCAUGGGUCCUUUCCCUUCUUCGUACGGGAACAAAUACAUACUAGUCGCUGUUGAUUAUGUAUCAAAAUGGGUCGAAGCAGUAGCUUCCCCGACAAAUGACGCAUCUGUAGUUAUCAAGCUUUUCAAGAGCAUUAUUUUUCCAAGAUUUGGAGUUCCUAGAAUAGUCAUAAGCAACGGUGGCUCCCAUUUUAUUAACAAGGUUUUUGACGGAUUACUCCGGAAGAAUUGA